AUGAAGGUUCAGCAUCUCUACGCCUUCAAUACCCCAUAUGUUUUCAGAGAGGAUGUACCAGUCCCCAGACCAACGCAUGCAUACGAUCUGCUCAUCCAGGUCGACGCUGCCUCCUACUGCCAUACAGAUCAUGUCCUCGCAUCUGGCGAGAUGGCAACGGUUGAAAUGCCUCCAUUCCCACUAGUAGGCUGUCACGAAUACUCGGGCACAGUCGUUGGGCUACCGCCGAAUUCGGCACAGACAGAGUUCAAGAUUGGCGACAGGGUUGGAGUCAGCUCUCGUGCCUACCAUCCAUGCGGGACAUGUGUUGAGUGCAUUGAGGAGAAUACUCCAGAUAGUGACCCCAAAGGCUACUCGGUGCUGUGUCCGCACGUCAAGACGAAUGGGAUUGGCAUGGAUGGUGGAUGGCGGGAAUAUGCGUUGGUUGACGCGAGACAGGUCACUCCAAUCCCAUCUGGAUUGACACAGGUAGAAGUCGCACCGUUGAUGUGCGCUGGUAUUACUAUAUAUUCUGCAAUAAAAAGAACCGAGCUCGAACCCGGACAGCGGAUCGGAAUCGUUGGGUGUGGUGGUGGAUUGGGCCACCUAGGCUUGCAAUAUGCAACGGCGAUGGGGUUGAAGGUGUAUGGAGUAGACAAUGCCGACACAGCGCUUGCCCUUGCACGAGGGUUGAGGAAUAUUUCCGGAGCAACAAUUAUCGAUGCACGAACGCAAACCGCGCCAGAAGCUAUUGCGCCGAUUAGCAAGGAGGACAAUAUCGCAUUCCCCGGUCAAUUCGGACUCGAUGCAGUUAUUAUUCUUCCAGAGAGCCAAAAGGCCUUUCAAUAUGGAAUUGACAUGCUCAAAAACCAUGGAAAAUGCAUUGUGGUGUCAUUUCCUCGACAAGGCCUCCAUGUUUCGUCACAGGACCUGAUUUUCCGGGAUAUCAAGUUUAUGGGGAGUCUGUCUGGCACCAACAAACAAUUGCGAGAGAUGACUCAGUUCUCUGCGAAACAUGGCAUUAAGCCUGAAAUAAAGACUUUCCCGCUUGAGAAAUUGAAUGAACUUGUUGACACAUACAAUGCGGGUCAUGGAGGAAAGUUGGUGAUUGACCAGCAUCACAAGAGCUCAUAA